AGGUCCCGGAUGUGGUUAUCGUACGAUGAGUUCAUUCUUGUCUACUGAUUCUAACGCAUCGCGACCGUCCCCUGGCCAUUCAUCAAGAAAACGAAGUCCAUCUCCCUCUCCUCUCUCCCAUACCGUUUCUCUCUUGAAUCACCAAGCGUUGGCUUCUCCUCGCACUUCUCGCCGUUCGUUGUCGCCGUUUACUCGCGACAGGAGCAAUUCGCUUGAGAGCGAGAUGAACCGGACGGGAAGAUUUGUGGCGAACAUAGGGGAAGGGUUGAAAAAGAUGUUUGGGAAGAAAGAAUCUAAACAUUUACAUAAUGAUCGUGAAGAACAGCAAACAGAGGACACAGUGCAUCAGCAAGCUGUGAGGUCUGAUGCGCAGCGACGAAUGCCUAGUGGAGUGUUAGCGCAGAUCAGAGAAGGAAUAAACCUCAAAAAACAGAUGACAUCGGGUGAUCUAGGGCCAGCUAGACCAAGACCCUGUUUGUCUAAUGAUCGCUCAAUUUCUUAUGAUGGAUCAUCAAGAUUUGAAACUCAAGUGGAGAAAAGUGAUGCAUCUGAAGCUAGUCAGCUGCAUAUUGUUACUGAAGGAGACGAGUUUGAUCGAGAGGUUCGAGGAUCAUUUGAAAGAGACGAGAUGGACGGUCUGAGUGAUAUGGAGUUGCAGCAGAAGAGACAGAUGGAGAUUGAACAUCUGAACAAUAAGAUCAAACGAGUGAUGGAAGAUAUAUUGCGGGAGCAGACAGCACAGCAUGAAUGUUUGAGUGGGUUUCUGAAGGAGAGUGGAGAAGGAGAAAACUCACAGCAGAAAGAAAAACGUAAGACUCGAUUUGAGGCAAGAAACAGUAAGUCAAAUCAGGCACUAGAGGUAAUGAAGAGGAAACUAGAGAAAUACCAGCAUCAGAAGAAGGAGUUGGAAGAAGGCGGCGAACUACCUAAACGAAUGCUAGAAGGACUAAGAGGUAUGAAGGAUGGCAUUAUCGAUGGUCUGACUCGCGGCUUGGGAAAGGGAGCAUCAGGAAUAUCAGGAGCUGUCAACUUGUUCAGGAGAGGUAUGGUAGGAAGUUCAGGCAACAUAGCUGCAGCUGCUUCUGCUUCAGAAGAUCAAGUAUUGGGGACCGAUUUAGACCCUGAAGAGAGACCAGCCGGUGCAGCUAUCGGGGGAGAAGCCGCUGACUUUACAGUCACUUCCAAUCACCCAUCACAAGAUCAAUAUCAGCCACGCAUGCAUACACUGAUCCUACAGCUUCAAGCAGAAGUUACUCAAUUAACUGAACACUUUUCUGUCAAUGGCAAUAACAUAAACGAGUUGCAAUCUCAUCAAGAUCAUUUGUUAGAAAGCCUUCAUCGAUUGCAGAGUGAUGUGAAGCAUGUUGAGGAAGACAGAGAUUUACUACAGCAAAGGUUGGACUUGGAGACAUCUCAAAGAGAACGACUUGAAGAGCUGCAUGCUGAACUGGACACUUCUGUCAGUGAAAUGCAGCAUAAGCUCUCACAGAUGCAGGAGAGGCUGGAGCAUAUGGAGUAUCGCAGUGAUGAACGCUUUUCCGAAACAGACGAGAAGCUCGGAGCUCUUGACAACAAGCUCUGUGAAUUUAAGAACGAUCAACAUGUAGAGUCGGAGGGAAGUGGUAGUACGUGGGCGUGGCGGCUACUAUCCAAAUGUCUCUCAUUCGUUCUGGCUCUGGUGGCUCUCAUCAGUGCUAUUGUGACUGCUCUCGAACAUCUCAUCAAAUCAUUGCCACGAGCCGGUCUUGCCACAUUGAUAUGCAGCGUAAUAUUUGCUGUCGUGAUGUACAGAUGGAUGCAGUGAGAGUGAAACGAUUGUCGUCGUUCUCAUCAUGUCCAUACGACUGACUUGUAAUUGUAAUAAAGUUAGUAGAUACUAAGACCUGCUGCUACAGCUUGUCACUCGCAUUCAGUUGUGACUCUGCGGAUACUAAAAGCUCGUUUGUAUUUCUAUAUACUAAAUUAGUUGAGAAGUGUUGAACGUUUUCUAUCCUAAAUGUUAUUUUACUGGUACUGUACGUAUACACACUUUCUACUUGUUGUA